AUGCAUGUGGCAGUGCAAGAAUACAACCCAGAAUGGCCUGCGCAAUUCGAGACCAUCAAGGAAGAGAUUGAGACAGCGCUCAUUGGAGUGAAACGUGUUUCUAUCGAACACGUCGGGUCGACGUCAGUGCCUGGAUUGGCCGCCAAGCCGGUGAUCGAUCUUUCAGUGAUCAGCGACCGAGAAGACAUCGAGGCUGCGAUAGAGGCGCUGACACUGCAGGGAGGAUAUACAUAUAUGGGCACGAUGGGGAUACCAGAUCGACAUGCUUUCCGCAAACGAGACAUCUUACCGACCCGAAAUUUGUACGUCUCCGUUAAGGAUUGUCAAUCGAUCAGAAAUCACCUUGCUCUACGUGAUCUUUGCCGAAGAGAUGAUAUGGUGAGAGAUCGAUACGGGCAGGUAAAGCUAGAGCUAUCCCGACGAGAGUGGAAAAGCGUCGACGAUUAUUGCGAAGCCAAAACAGCUGUUAUCAGUUGGAUCUUGGAACAAGCUGGUCUGAGCGAGGAAGAGAGGGAUGCAAUACGGCGUAUCAACACCACAGGCGCAACAUAA